AUUAUUUCAACAAGAAAGACCUAAAUUUAAUAAAUUAAUUUUAUCAGACAUUGCGAUUCGUUUGGUUUUUACAUCAGUUCAUACAGGACAAAUUGGAAAUUUGGUUGGAAUCGCACCUUUUAAUGAUAUGGAUAGUAACAAAUUUAAUAUUCGGCAAUUAGUAAAUCAUUAUAAAGUUCCUGUUGCUGGAGGUGAAACAAUGAUGACCCCUUUACUUUCAAAAAUGGGAUUAAAUUUUUAUCUUGUUAGAAUUUGUGAUAAAGAUUUAGCAAAAAAAACACAAGAUGAUAUAACACCUGCAGAUAUUCUCAAAAAUCCAGAAAAAUUAGAUAAUCCAGAAUUAAAAGAUGGAUUUGAAAUUUUGGCAAAAUAUUAUGGGGAAAUUUCAUGUGAUAAUACAGGAUGUUUAUUGAAAGAUUGGAAUUUUUAUUUAUGUUAUCAAUUUGAUAAAGAUGAACAAAGAGUAUGUUUGCUUCCUGAAGAUAAUGAAAUUCAGAUGAAUUUAUUUGAUACAGCAAAUUUUGCAUUAAUCAUGGUGGUUGAUUAUAUGCCAGGUUUUCUUAAAAUGAGAAGACUUCGUACAAAAAUACCACCACCAGAUCCAGCACAACCAAAUAAUCCAGAUCCAAGAUAUAUUACAGAUCGAAAUAGUUAUUUUCUAGGACAACAAUUUUCAUUCAAUGCUGGUCAAACAG